GAAGGUUCUGAGAUAAUCCAAUCACUGUCGCUCUGGUUUAUAAAGUUGCCCCAGAGCCACCCAAAACCAGACGCUCAAGGGCCCAAGGAUGGGGGCCACUGUGCCCCCUGAUCUCCUCCUGCUGCUGGCGGCCCCGUUGUUCUGGGUUCAAACUCGCGCAGGCUCGCACUCGCUGCUCAAUUUCACCACCGCCGUGUCCCGGCCUGGUCUCGGGGAGCCGCGGUUCAUUUUCGUGAGCUACGUAGACGACACGCAGUUCGUGCGCUUUGACAGUGUCGCGGAGAAUCCGAGAGUGGAGCCCUGUGUCGAGUGGAUGGAGCAGGAGGAGCCUGAAUAUUGGGAGCUACAGACCCAGACAGCCAGGACUCAAGCACAACAAUCUGGGGGAAACCUGAUGGUCCUGCUUCGCCAUUUCAACCAGAGCGAGGACGACUCUCACACGCUGCAGGGGAUGCAUGGCUGCGACAUGGGACCAGAUGGGCGCCUGCUCGGCUGGUACAACACGAUGGCCUAUGAUGGCAUGUAUUUCUUCCCCUGGGACAAGGACCUGAACUCCCAAACAAUGACCACCAGCACUAUAGCUCAGAUCUCGCAGCAGAAGGCCCAUCUGAAGGCUGGCGACUGCUUGGAGCUGCUGCAGAAACACCUGGAAAAGGGGAAGGACACCCUGCUGCGCUCAGACCCACCAAAGGCACAUGUGACCCAUCACCCCAUAAAGAAUGGAGAUGUUACCCUGAGGUGCUGGGCCCUGGGCUUCUACCCUGCUGAGAUCUCCAUGACCUGGCAGUUGGAUGGGGAAGACUUGAUCCAGGAAAUGGAGUUUGUAGAGACCAGACCUUCUGGGGAUGGAACCUUCCAGAAGUGGGCAGCUGUGGUGGUGUCUUCUGGAGAGGAACAGAAAUACACAUGCCUUGUGCAACAUGAGGGGCUGCCUGAGCCCCUCACCCUGAGAUGGGAGCCUGCUUGGUACAAGAAAUUCAGCAUAAAUGACUCGUUCGUGAUUCUCAUCAUCAUCAUCAUCAGCAUGGACAGUUGCCAGGACUGUAUCAAGAUUGCUGUAGAUGAUAAGGCUCCGCCCAGACCCAGGCAGGUGAGUGAGGGGUCCAGGGGAACCAGUCUCUUCCGUGAGAGCGGGAUCGGCACCGGUGAAGCCGGGUCCCAAAGUCGCCCGGCCAGACCCUCCCAGCCCCUCUCCACCCGCGUCCCGAGCCCCGCGCCCUGCUCCCCUCCCGGUCCGCACAACCGCCCGGGUUCCCAGGAGGAGAGUCGGGAUCUCACCGUGCCCCGCCCCCAGGCUCGACUCGCUGAGGCAUUUCCGCACCAUCGUGUCCCGGCCCCUCCGUACGUUGCCAUUGGCUACGGGGACAAUUCGCAGUUCGACAGAGAAGCGGAAACUCUGAGAGCCAGGCCGCGGGUUCCGUGGGUAGAGCAUGAGGGGCCGGAGUACUGGGAGCGCGAGACGCGGAUAUUCAAGGAGCACCCACAGAAUUUCCGAACGUGA